AGCAUCUUCACCUGGGCACUUGUCAUCUGCACUCAGGAAACCAUCGGGAAUGCAGAAUCUCAAGUGGAUGACCUGCCAAAGCCCAGACUCACCCUGGAGCCUCCAUUCCCAGAGAGAUUCACCGGGGAGCCCGUCACUCUGAACUGUGGGUGGGGUCCUCCUGCUCCUCCUGGUCCUCCUGGUGCUACUGGUGUCAUUGGUUUGCCUGGUACCCAUGGUCAAAGUGGUCCUCCUGGUCCUCCUGAUCCUGCUGGUCAACGUGGUCCCCCUGGUCUUCCUGGUCCUCGUGGUCUUCCUGGUCCUCGUGGUCCCCCUGGUCCCCCUGGUCCCCCUGGUCCCCCGGGUCCUCCUGGUCCUCCUGAUUUUGUUGGUCCCCCUGGUUUUCCUGGUGCUCGUGGUCCCCCUGGUCUCCCUGGUCCUCCUGGUCCUCCUGGUCAUUUUGGUCCCCCUGGUCCCCCUGGUCGCCCUGGUCUCCCUGGUCCCCCUGGUCCCCCUGGUCCCCCUGGUCCCCCUGGUCCUGCUCAUAAUCCUGGUCCUGCUGGUAAUCUUGGUCCUGCUGCUUAUCCUGGUUCUGCUGGCUAUCCUGGUCCUCCUGGUUCUCCUGGUCUCCCUGGUCCUCCUGGUCUCGCUGGUCUUCCUGGUCUCCCCGGUCCUCCUGGUCUUCCUGGUCUUCCUGGUCUCCCUGGUCCUCCUGGUCUUCCUGGUCUUCCUGGUCUCCCUGGUAUCUCUGGUCUCCCUGGUCUUCCUGGUCCUCCUGGUCCUCCUGGGCCUCCUGGUCCUCCUGACAUGAACUUUCUCUGGUACAAAGACAGCGAGGACUCUCCAGUGCUUCAGACUGCUGGCCGCAAUGUAACUGGUGACAGCUACACAAUCUCUGCAGCAGCUGGGUCUGAUCAGGGCCAGUACUGGUGUCGAGCACAAAGAGGAGAUCCAGCACGCCACUCACAGCUCAGCGAUCCUGUGAGAUUAAACAUCACUGAGGCUCGUCCCAAGGCUGUCCUGACCUUGCAGCCUGCCUGGGCACAGAUAUUCAAAGGAGAGACAGUCACCCUGCGCUGUGAGGUGGAGGGGGGCUCUGCUGAGUGGAGUUUUAAACGGUACAGAUAUGGCCGUGUCGAGGCAAUGUGCAGUGAUGAGAACAGCAAGAGGAAUGGGGAUCUCUGCACUAUCAGAGACACUGGGUAUUACCACAGUGGAGAGUACUGGUGUGAGUCUGCAUCAGGACAGGAGCGCAGCAAUGCUGUCACUUUAACAGUGUCCAAGCUGUUCUCCAGGGUGACUCUGACAGCAUCUCCAGGAGCCACAGUGGAGGAGGGAGAGGCUCUUAACCUGACCUGUGAGGCAGCAGUGAAUAAACUCCCCAACCCUCAACUCCACUACAGCAUUCUGAGAGACGGGGAGCCUGUGACUAACAGCACUGACUCUGCACUGUACAGCAUAGCCAGCACUCAGAAGAGCCACACUGGGAAAUAUAGCUGUUCUGUGCAAGCACAGGGAGUGAGGAAGAACAGCACAGAGUUACUGAUCACAGUGGAACGUAAGAUGCAAAGCUUGUCCUAAAUGACAGCAGGGAUCUGUAAUACACGUAUCGCCCAGUUAUGCUUUGAGAAGUGAACGACACUGAUUAUUGUCUCUCCCAAAAUGGCGGAUUUAAUUGGCAGUUGGCCUUUUCACUUUGUUUGUUUUUAAAUCCCUGAACUUGUGCCUUUUGUAAACGUGAACCAAUUCUCUCUCCAUUGUGAAGCGACCCUGCCUAACCAGGGCACAGAAUCACCAGCCAGAAAAUAAAAUCCAUUGCAUUA